GUUCAUUCAUGAUGGAAUCCUAUGUAUUACUUUUAGGUCUUGCUACAGUGCCUGUUAGCCGGUAGGGGUAAACUCGUACUAACGCCGUUUUUUUCCUCAAGCAGAAGUGUGAUGUACGGAUGUGGGUAGCAUAUUGAUAGUGAGUUGUUCAACUUGCCAUUUUUACCUGCUGGAGAUGCUAAGUCAAGACGCACAGUUGGAGGAGCAAUGAAUCCAGAGGAGCAGACGGUAACGUGGCUGAUAUCAUUCGGGGUGCUUAAUUCCCCCAAAAAGAACAUAGCGGACCCAGAGGAUUUCUUGAAAACAUCGCUGAAAGAUGGGGUCGUUUUGUGCAAGCUCAUGGAGCGGCUUCUACCUGGCUCUGUUUCUAAGUACUGCCAAGACCCGAGAAACGAAGCGGACUGCAUCGCCAAUAUUCGAGAGUUUUUGAAGGGAUGUACGUCCUUGAAAGUAGAGGGCUUUGAACCAGAGUGCUUGUACACUGGAGAGAAUUUCGGCAAGGUCCUGACCACUCUGCUGGCGGUCAACUUUGCCACCCAAGACUGUGGCGCUGAGAGGUCAUGUCCACAGGGCGGUGCUCCCACUGCUAGUCAGUCCAGCUCCUCACACACACUCUCCAAGUCCAGAUCCCUGCGUAGACAAUCCAAACCAGCGGAGAUGUCAGAGAACGGUGGGGGUGGGCACCUGACGGUGAAGGCGCGCUUCAACUUCAAGCAGAACAACGAGGACGAGCUGUCGUUCAACAAGGGCGACCUCAUCUGCGUGAUGCGCCAGGAGGAGGGCGGCUGGUGGGAGGGCUCGCUCAACGGCCGCAAUGGCUGGUUCCCUAGCAACUACGUCCGAGAGGUCAAGCCAUCUGAGAAGCCCUUGUCUCCAAAGGGGACCCAGCUGACCAAGAACUACUACAGUGUGGUGGUGCAGGACAUCCUGGAGCAUGAGCGGGAGUUUGUGAAGGAGCUGCAGACGGUGCUGAGCUGCUACCUGCGCCCCCUACUGGCCAGCGACAAGGUGAGCAGUGCGGACGCCACCAGCCUGUGCGGCAACCUGGAGGACGUGCUCACCUUCCAGCAGGGCCUGUGUGUGGCUCUGGAGGAGUGCACCAAGGUUCCAGAGGGGCAGCAGCGAGUGGCAAGCUGCUACCUGAACCUGAUGUGUCAGAUCAGGACCCUGUACCUAUCCUAUUGCUCCAGCCACCCUUCUGCCGUCUGCGUGCUCACCGACCACAGCGAGGAGCUGGACAAGUUCAUGGAGAGCCAGGGGGCCAGUGUCCCAGGCAUCCUCACCCUGACCACCAGCCUGAGUAAGCCCUUCAUGAGGCUGGACAAGUACCCCACCCUCCUGCAGGAGCUGGAGAGACACGUGGAGGGGGCCCACCCAGACUACGGUGACAUCCUGAAGGCCACAACGGCUUUCAAGAACCUGGUGACCCAUUGCCAGGACCUGCGCAGGAGGAAGAACCUGGAGCUCCAGAUCCUAUCGGAGCCUGUGAGAGGCUGGGAGGGCGACAGCAUGAGGACCCUGGGCAGUGUGGCCUACAUGUCCCAAGUCCACAUGCAGACCGGAGCCAAUGAGGAGAAAGAGGAGCGCUACCUCAUGCUGUUCCCCAAUGUGCUGGUUAUGCUGUCUGCCAGUCCACGAAUGAGUGGCUUUAUAUACCAAGGAAAGCUUCCUCUGACAGGCACCACUGUGACCAGCAGGGCAGAGGACAUAGAAACCGUCCACUUCGCCUUUGACAUCACAGGGAGCAUGAUGGAGCGCACCACCGUGCUCUGCAGUAACCCACACGAGUUGCAAGAGUGGCUAGAGCACCUGCAGCCCUUCACCAAGGGGGGGAGCCCUGUGGGCACCAUCUUAAAGACUGAGGGCAAGCCUCUAAGCAUAGUGGGCACCCCCACCCACCUCCCCAACUUUGGCACGCCAACGGCGGCCGUCCGAGGACCCCUGGAGGCCCCCAGGACUACCAAGCCCUGGUCGCUCAGCUGCCUGCGCCCCGCCCCCCCCCUCAAACCUUCUGCCGCGCUGGGCUACAAGGAGAGGAUGUCUUAUAUCUUGAAGGAUUCUAGUAAGAGCCCACGACCCAUGAAGAAGUUCCUCCCAAAACGCAAAACGGAGAGGAAACCUUCAGAUGACGAGGCCCUGUUCAGGAAAAGUUGCACAGCAGCUCUUGAGGAGGACGCUCAGAUCCUGAAGGUGAUUGAGGCCUACUGCACCGGGGCCAGCCUCCACCAGACCGCAGCUGUGCGGAAGGAGUGCAUCCCCCAGGUCCUGCUUCCAGAGGAGGAGAAGAUCAUUGUGGAGGAAAUGAAGAGCAACGGUCAGACAGUCAUCGAGGAGAAGAGCCUGGUUGAUGCUGUAUACGCUUUAAAGGAUGAGGUUCAUGAGUUGAAGAAGGAGAACAAGUGGAUGAAGCAGUGUCUGGAGGAAGAGCAGAAGUCUCGUAAGGAGCUGGAGAGGGUGGUCAAGAAGCUCGCCAAGGGCAAGAACGACUGUGUCUGGGAGGACGGCCCCCACUGAACAUCACCAUGCAGUAACCCCCCCCAACAUCAUGUGUGUUUGUGUGUGUUAAGCGUAACGUAUGAGUGUGUGUGUUUGAGAGAGAGCUACAAUGCACCCAUAUGGUCCACAAUUCAGCCCUGCUUACUAGCCUGAGUAGGCAAACUUCUAUCCAGACAUUAUGGUUUCCAAGCUUGGCUUCACAUGCUGGACAUCUCCUGUUGUUGUCCCGCCUCCUCGUCACUCCUGUCUCUGACCAUGGGUGUUUCUGAAGCGCCACAGGACACCAACCCCCAGAGGACCAAUAGUUGGGGAUUCAUUUACCAGUCCAGAUGUAUGGCUGCUGGCACCGUGAAGCGUCACAGCAUUGAGGAGCCAUGUAGAAGGCGGAAAGUAAGUCAGCACCCCUGGCUUCAAUAGGAAUCACAAUAGGAGUAAGAAGCCAUGUUUAGGUCCCAGACGUGGGGAUGCUCUGGGUUCAGCCAAGAGUUUGACCCCCUCAGCCGACACUGGGCUUCCCCUGUCCCGACCAUGUCUGUUACAGCAGUCCUUUGAGAUUUCAUAUUUUGUAUUGUUUUUGUUGUCGUGGUUUUUGAGGACACCCCUGCUACAGUCAGGAAAGAGAGGCUUUCACGGCAUAAUUACAACUUUUCUUUCUGAUUGAAUGCACCUUCUAGACAUGAGACUACAUAUAUGUAAGCUGUUUAGCUGGCCUCAAAGCUUUAGUACAUUUCAGAUGGGUCUGACCAAUUCCUUGACUAUCACACAGUCUGGGUGGUGCUCAGAACCAAACGCUACAAAGCUUAUAUGAGUAGUUUCUUCAUAGGUUUCUACAUAGGCUGUGUAUUUUACAAUCUGCAUGGAUGUACAGUAUUUCUAUGAUAUCAUGCAUUAGAAAUGUGAUAUUUGAAGACAGUCCUAUGUAUUCCAAAGCUAUCAGGGACAUAAAUGUAUAACAUAUUGAUAAGACAUUUAGAAGUGUGAAUCAUGUAUAGAAUACACACGCAAAAAAAAAAGACAAAAAAAAGAUUGGCAAUAAUGUCUCCUAUACUUUCUUACUGAAAAGAUAUACAAAUAACAGUUGACUAAUAAUACAUGGCUUUGCUUUGUUAUCGCGGUUGAAGAAAGUAUAUUGCUUAUUUAUUUUUAAUAAUACAUUUCUUUGUGCAGAGUGUGUAUAUGGAUGUAUAUGGUACUAGAAGCCCUUGUGGGGGUGGGUUUAUGAGAUUCUGCCAUAAACUUGGCUUGUUCAGCCCAACCCACAUGGCUGAUGAGCAGCACCAGCAGCAUGGAAAAAUGGCGUUUAGCGGUACCACACGGAAACAUCACCUGAUCAAUUGGUGAGAUGUGGAUGAUGUGUCAGUUUAUAAAUAAAAUGGGGUUGAGGCCGCUCCACAGAGUGCAUUUGGUAUGACUUUCAGAAAAGUGUUGCUCUAGGUUUUAAGCGAACUCUGGUUUCCCUCCAGUUCUGCCUUUAUAAACUGAUACAAAGAUGGGCCCCAUAUUCAUUGUCAAUAAAGAGCGAUGGUUUCAGUUAUAGACUAGAGAGACUAUUGGUAAAGUGCCUCUUGAUCCAGUGUAUAACCUCAAUAUGGAUUAAGGAUGAGACUGAAAUGGAAUGUUUUAAAGUAUUGUUUGCAAAGAUGCAAAGGUUGUUUGUAUUGGGCCAGGAUAAUGAGUAGUGUUGGUGGAUCUUCUGUUAUUCUCAUGUCUACCUUCACAUUCUCUGAGGACUUCCUCUAUAGAGGAGGUUUGGUGCAUGCACUGUCGAGACGGGCGUCCACUCCUGCUGCACUGCACUAGCAGGGGCAGGAUGGACAUGCAAUAAGUGACUGCAUUACUGUUUAGCCAGGUGUUCAUUCUGCUGCUCAGGCAUGAUAGACCCAGUAUGUCCCAAACAUGAUCUCAUUACAUGGAUUUGGCAAUACCAGUCACAAUGAUGACUCCCGCCCAGACAACCACACACAUAUCCACCCUCCAAACCAAAAUGAGCCAGCCCAUGUUUGUAAGCCACAGGGUUGUCUUGCUUGUGUGAUUGUAUAGCAUACUGUAUCAUGUGUCCCGGUGUUCUGUUGAUUUGCCCUACCGUGUCAGAUUGCCCUACUGUAGUUCAGAGAUACGGGGCUAACCUCAACCCUGGUGUGUGCAUGCGCCAUGAGUCCAGGUAGGAAAAUCUGUCGGGUAGGAUCAAAUAUUAGGACACCGAGUUUGAUUGUCAAUGUUCAAUCGACUGCAUGUCAAUGCUGACGGAACCCAGUAUCAAUCGUUCCUGUUUUAUCGCUUGAGAAUAUUACCAUGGAAUAUAGAAUAUUUUUUCAUAGUGUCUUCUCAUUUCCUCUGUGUCCGGUGGCCUCAGUGAGCACUUAGAGGGGCGGGGUUUAGAGGGUGUGAAACAACUCCGUAACCCGCUCAUCACCAACAACACUUGUGUGUAUUGUAUGAAAAAGUUGUUCUAUGCAAUUAUCAUUGGUAAAGGAAUUGUACUGCUUUUUUUUCUAGACGCUGUGUACUUUCAUGUUUUCAGUAUGGUCAUUCUUUUAAUAAAAUGUUUCUGUCUAUA